UUUCUUUUUCCUUUAAAAAAAUCCGACCAGUGUUGUUUUGAUUUUGUUCAAUCGCAUUCUUAUUGAAAUUUGGGCGCCAUGUUACCAAAACCCUAAAAACCUUGGUGUCAACUGUAACAAAACAAGAAUCACCGAAAAUGGGUUUUUUAGGUAGACUCUCAAGAAGUCGAAAAUUAAUCAGACAAAUUCCAUCAUUAAAUAACCACCUUGCUCUAUUGGCAAGUUGUUCAUUUUGUUCGAAAUCUCGGAAUGCCCAGAAAGAGAAUGAUGUUGAUUUGAGCAAAUUCCCACCUGAAAGAAUCCGUAAUUUCUCCAUUAUUGCCCAUGUUGAUCAUGGAAAAUCUACACUUGCUGACCGUUUGUUGGAGCUUACCGGCACUAUUAAGAAGGGCCAUGGUCAGCCUCAGUACCUUGACAAACUCCAGGUGGAAAGAGAAAGAGGGAUUACUGUUAAAGCUCAGACUGCAACUAUGUUCUACAGGAACAACCCUCAGUUAGCAACUAGUGGCACUAUAGAGGACUCCUCAAUGUUUUUACUUAAUUUGAUUGAUACGCCUGGUCAUGUUGAUUUUAGCUAUGAAGUAUCGCGCUCCUUAGCUGCUUGUCAAGGGGCUCUCUUAGUUGUUGAUGCUGCUCAAGGGGUCCAAGCACAAACUGUUGCCAACUUUUAUCUUGCUUUUGAGUCAAAUUUGUCAAUAAUCCCAGUCAUAAAUAAAAUUGAUCAACCUACUGCUGAUCCUGAUCGUGUUAUGUCCCAGCUUAAGUCCAUGUUUGAUCUUGAACCAAAAGAUGCUCUUCUCACUUCUGCUAAAACAGGGCAGGGUCUUGAGCACAUACUUCCUGCAGUUAUUGAACGAAUACCACCUCCUCUGGGAAGUAUUGUUUUGCCUUUGCGUAUGCUUUUAUUGGAUUCAUAUUAUGAUGAAUACAAAGGAGUUAUAUGCCAUGUGGCUGUUGUUGAUGGCACACUACGUAAAGGUGACAGGAUUUCAUCUGUGGCAACUGGACAGAGUUAUGAAGUUUCGGAUGUUGGGAUAAUGCAUCCUGAGCUCGUGCCCACUGGAGUUCUUUUGACUGGUCAAGUGGGAUAUAUGGUUAGUGGCAUGCGUUCAACCAAAGAGGCACGUGUGGGUGAUACCCUUUUUCAUGUCCGCUCGGUUGUGGAGCCUCUCCCAGGGUUUAAGCCUGCAAAACAUAUGGUGUUUUCUGGUAUGUAUCCAGCUGAUGGAUCAGAUUUUGAAGCACUUAAUCACGCAAUCGAGAGGCUUACAUGCAAUGAUGCCAGUGUUUGUGUUUCAAAAGAAACUAGCACCGCUCUUGGUUUAGGUUUUAGGUGUGGUUUCUUAGGUUUGCUUCAUAUGGAUGUUUUUCAUCAGCGCCUCGAGCAGGAAUAUGGAGCUCGAAUAAUAUCCACUGUUCCAACUGUGCCAUAUAUAUUUGAAUAUUCUGAUGGAAGCAAAGUUGAAGUUCAGAAUCCUGCUUCUUUGCCGUCCAAUCCUAAAAAACGAGUGACAAAAUGUUGGGAACCUACUGUUGUAGCUACCAUUAUUGUCCCCAGUGAGUAUGUUGGGUCUGUUAUCACCCUUUGCUCUGAUCGGAGGGGGGUUCAGCUGGACUAUUCUUUCAUUGACAGUCAAAGAGCUUUAAUGAAGUACCAGUUACCCUUGCGGGAAAUCGUUGUUGAUUUUUACGAUCAACUAAAAAGCAUUACUUCAGGAUAUGCUUCGUUCGACUAUGAAGAUUCAGAGUAUCAAGCAUCAGAUUUGGUUAAACUGGAUAUUCUUUUAAAUGGACAAUCAGUUGAUGCAAUGGCAACCAUUGUCCAUAAUUUGAAGGCUCAGCGUGUUGGUCGGCUAUUAGUAGACAAGCUGAAGCAAGUCAUAGACAGGCAAAUGUUUGAAAUAACAAUUCAAGCUGCAAUAGGAUCAAAGGUUGUGGCAAGAGAGACAAUUACUGCAAUGAGGAAGAAUGUUCUUGCAAAAUGUUACGGGGGUGAUGUUACACGAAAGAGGAAGUUAUUAGAAAAGCAGAAGGAAGGAAAGAAACGUAUGAAGCGUGUUGGUUCUGUCGAUGUACCCCAAGAAGCAUUCCAUGAGCUUUUGAAGGUUUCAUAGGGUAAAUGGUGCUUAAUCACAAAUUUCGUUCAAGCAAAUGAAACACUAGCGUUGUUUUUUAUCAUAUCAUAAUUCAUAAUUAUAGCAUUGUUGUUUAGAAAUAAUAAAUAGAACUCUACCAUUAUUUUAUAAAUAGAACUCCAGCAUUAUUUUGCUUAAGU